AUGAAGUUCGGUGACACCCUCUCUCAGAGGUCCGUACCGAAAUGGACCGCUUAUAACGUCAACUACAACGAGAUCAAGCAUCUUAUCAAAAACAAAACCUCUGCUGGUGCUGCAGGACCUCGCGAUAUUCCGACUCAGGGAAGAAACAAGUGGGAAGAGUUGGAGAACCAGCUUUGCACGGUGUUGGGAGCUGAAUAUGACAAUGUCACCCUGUUCUUGGGGAGUAAACAGGGCGAGAUCGAACGGCGUCUGGCCCAUCUUGAGAAACAGAUCAAGAUAGCUCAGCGCGCAGUGCAGGACAAUGCAUUGAACAAGCCCGUCCUGCAGGCUCGCAAAUAUCGGCAAAUGCUUAGAGAUAUCGAGGACAUAGGAGACGAAAUACAGAACUUGUCUCGAUUCGCAGCUGUGCAAAAGACCGCCUUCCGCAAGAUCCUCAAAAAGUAUCGAAAAUGGACCGGGUCGACUUCACUUCAAACUCGAUUGGAUGUCGAGGUCUUCUCUUCCAAGAAACUGCAGACGGACUUUUCGGAUUAUUUGCAGCAACUAUCAGAAGAAAAAGCAAUCCUCACCGAAGAACUUGCCGAACCUAUGCUCACUGGCCGACUUCGAGAACCAUCGCAAGAGAGACAAAACAAGAGAAUAUCGGCGUCGGCCAAGAGAUCCCCCAUCACCCAGAUUAAUGAAUCAGUCCUCCGUGGGCCGCUGGCAUUCGACGCUGCGAUUCUGACUGUCCCUUACGGUGAGGCUUCAGGCAGUGCAUUCUACUGGAUCCAUCCAGACAACUUGGAUGAGGCCCGCACCAUACUCCUUCGGCAUAUGCGCGAUGCCUCUGUACCAUCCACGCAUUCCGGACAUAAUUCGGAGACAUCAAUCUCGAAGAAGCAUGUGGAGUUUUUUUCUAAAUCUAACACCAUCGUCACCCACAUGGUUGUGUUCGACAAUGCAUACAGAUUCGUCAAGGAUACGAGCACCUCGAGGCCGUCCCGCAUAGCCUUAGGUGGUCAUUGGAGCUCGGAACCGAAUGCGGUCGUGACCCUUGCUGGACUGUCGCCAACAUCAUCUGGUGGUACCAUGCUCACUCUAAGUCGCCAGGACCUGGCGCGAGCUCUUCAGCGGCAGUUCCCAGCCCCCAAUAUCUCGAAAGAGAUAGCUGCCAUCCAAAACUACUUGACCGAACAUCGAGACGUCAAACCAUUAGCUGAAGUCUGUUCCACACGGAACAGAUAUGUAGGCAUUACCAAUACUGCUGACGUGGGUAAUUGGGCUACCCUCGACACUGGUGUUACCGUGGCACCUGCGGAUAUGGCCGUCGUUGGCGAACCGGAACACAAGUCUCAAGCUGGCGAUGCCUUCCCUUAUGCGAUUCUCCAUAUCCGAUGGGAGUUUGCAAGGACACCUGCUGUUGUCCGCGCAUUCGAUGAGUCACAUCUGGUAGAACGGGUCCACGAUUUCACGAUCGAAGAUAUGGCCGUUCACACUGCUCAGAAGGACCUUGCCGAACCCUCAUGGCAAUCACUCCUAGAAAAAGACAUUAGAAAGGUGCCAAUUCUUCCUCGUUUGGCCAGAACUGGUGCUGCCAACCGGAGCAGGCUAAACCCUGCUGACAUUGGUGGCACAUCUUCUGGUCCAUCUUCGACGGAAGGACCUGCCGCAAGCAUAUUCUCAGCAGGAACAAAUGGUCAGUCUUCUGCCACCUCGGACGGCGCUGGAGCCAGCGAUGACGCCAUCUCAAAGCUGUCUGAUGCCUCCGGCCCGAGUACACGGAGAAAGAAGCGUGCGCGGAUCGUAGUACCAGAACGGUCGCCUCCACCAACCAGGUAUUGGAACGAAUUUGACGAUCCAGAGUCAGAGUACAAUCAAGAAGAAGGCUAUGUCAUUUAUGUCAAUCCCGAUGAAUCUACAUUCCCCGGAGCCGAGACCGUGUCCAAGGCUUUUGAGGCUAUAUCCGAGGGCUUCAACAAGGGCAAAGCCACGGUGAUAUCAUGGUUCCCACCACUCUCGCCGCACGGCAAAGCCACUGCCGCGGAACAGGAGCCAUUGCUCGAUGACCAACACAGCGUCACCAACACUGAGGACGCUGACACGUCGAGCUCCGAGACCGACGACACAGUGCCGCAACCACAGCGGUCGCCGAGGUCUGCACGAUCGCGGCGUUCGAAGCGCCUUAGCGGCUCCAAGUUCCGUGAUCACCAACUAUUGACGCCGAGACAGAAAAUGCUGGAGCGCACUUUAUUCUACUUCUACACCGGACUCAUUGCCAUUUCAUAUAUUCUGCUCGUCAUGUCGAGCAUCCUCCUUGCAACGGGCCGAAGGAAAGCCUAUUUCGAAGUCGAUGCAGGUGUGUUCGCUGGGGUUAUAUCCGCAGAGGCUUGUGCUGUCGCAGCCAUGAUUCUCAUCAUGAUGAGGAAACAACGAUUGAGCGUGCUUCAUUGGGGUCUUGUUGCAGUCACGGUUGCAAGCGUGGUUGUGAUUGGCGUUGCUUUGAUUGCAUUGAUGUUCGCAGGCCAAAGUUCGGGUGCUGACAGAAGAGGCUCGGUCGACAUUGACGACGACUGGGAACUCCUUCGAUGA